CGUCUUGCAUGAAAGCAGAGAGCAAGACACAUGAAGUAAUCAGUUCACAAACACGAUGUCGGACAGUGCCUGUUUCAGUGUGUCAAGAUGGCCUGUGAGAGGGAUGGUAACUGUUCUGGGCGGGUUUCUCGUCCACUUGACCCUCAGCACCACCUACGUUUUCGGGAAUAUGAACCCGUACGUUACCUCCUACCUGCGAGGGGGGGAGGAGAACUCCAGCGUGGGCUACACACAGACCAUAUGGAUAUCAACUGCUCAGGCCAUGUCUAUGGCGGGGGCAAUGCCUAUCUUGGGUUUGCUGGAACAACGGAUUCAUCCCAAAUACUGUGUGCUCAUUGGCUCGUGGACUUUCAGUCUAGGCAUGGCCUUGACCUACUGGACGGUCCGCCACUCGCUGGGAUUGACGAUCCUGACGUAUGGCGUUGUUCACGGUGCAGGCAAAGGAAUGGCCUACCCAGCAGCCGUCAAAUGUGGCCUUGAGUGCUUUCCUAAAAGGAAGGGUCUGGUAACCGGUCUGAUCAUUGCUGGAAUAGGCGGAGGAACAUUUGUCUUCAAUGAAGUCAUCACACACUUCAUCAACCCCUACAACCUUCUGCCGGAAACCUCCCAUCAAGGCGACCUAUAUUUUAGCCAGGCUGUACUACUCGAUAAGGUCCCUUACUGCUUCCUUCUACUGGGCGGUGUUGAUGCUGGUAUACAGCUGUUGGCGGUACUCCUCAUUGGCAAGCACGAACCGGCAGCGCCAGCACCAGAGAACUCUGCUCUCACAGAAGAGACACAGAUGGACCACGUCCUUGACUGUCCUGUAAACAAGGAGAAUUAUGAAGACGGAGAAGGAUUAGGGGCGAAAUCAAAAUCAGGCGUUGAAGAGAAGACCGAUUAUGCACCCUGGGAGGUUCUACGAACGAAGAUAUUUUACCUCAUGUGGGCAAUAUACGUGUGUGUCGUUCUCGGCAUCUUCUUCAUAACCAACUUUUAUAAGACAUUCUCCCAGACAUUCAUAAAAGACGAUCACUUCCUGUCUCUAGCUGGGUCAGUCAGUUCAGUUUUAAAUGCUCUGGGUCGACCGUUCUGGGGAGCAGUUGGUGACAAGCUUGGCUAUAGGGAAAGUCUUGUUGUUGUCUGCGCCAUAUUGGGAAGUGCAGCGGCGACCUUCACCUUGUGUGAGUAUGGCGGGAAGGUGAUGCUGAUCAUCUGGAUGUGUCUGAUCUAUGGGACGUUCUCCGGGUUCUUCUGCAUCAUGCCUUCCCUGAACGUCUCCAUAUUUGGACACAAGUACUACAGCUCAAACUACGGCCUCUUAAUGUCGGCUAUGAUCGUGGUUCAAAUUGCUGGAGGUCUGUUGACGUCCCAACUGAAAGACACCAUCGGGUGGAAAGGCAUUCUCUACAUCGGAGCAGGAGGGGUGUUUUUCAGUCUGAUUCUGUCGGUGGGAAUGAUGAUACAUCACCGCCGACAACGGAAAAAGCACCAGAUGUGACCGGAAACGAGUUCCGGUUGAAAAUCUGCAAAAUAACGAGAUGUACGUCUAUUCAUAUCCGUGACGUCAUAGUCUAGCUUCUAGAUUAUACAAACGGGUAUUUACAUGCAACAACGGUGUAUCUAUCAGACUUUAGUAAGAUGCUUUCAGAACAACUUCUGAAAGAACUCGCAAACCUUAAACAAAUGCUAAAGGUAAAUAACAUUUUUUAUGACAAGGGCGGGUAACUCCAAAUUCAGGACCCAAUAAUGUGAUCUUUGCAAUGUCAAGACGCUUGACAAUAUAGGACUGUAUCUAAUUUACUGUUGUGGUAAACAUAACUUAAUCCCAAAUUUCAGGAGAACUGUCCUUGAAGUUGAUGACUAGUUUUGUUGAGCUACGUUAGGGAGCCUAUCAGCGUGUAUGGCUCAGCAAAGAACAGUAUUACGUAAUGCCUGCGCAUCUGGAAAAUGGCGUAUAACACAAUAGGCUCUUAAAUUGCAUGAUCAAUAACAUUUCUCUCAUCUUAAAGAAUUUUUACAUUCCCUCGUUGGCCUGGGGUUUGUAUUGAACGGAUAUUUCAUGUUUUAGAAAUGAGGCCCUGCGGUUUUCAUACAUAUCAUGCAGGAGGUUAUUUUUCUUUCCACCCACCCCGCGUCUUUCCCCCCAAUUUCAUUAGAUUCCACUUGACGUGUAUGCAUGCAUCUAAUGCACAAUACUUAUGUUGACAUCUAAUUCCUGUUGUCCAAAUUCUUUUGUGUUGUUUUUGCAAUAUAAUCUUUUGCUGUGAUUCUUAGCAACUCAAGUCAAAGUAUUGGCCGCUAAAACCCCUUAAACUAUAGCCCCACCAUCACCAGAAACACCAGCAUCCUUAAUAAUAUUACACCCGUAGUGCCAAAACCGAGAGAUACUUAGUCACCUCGUAUUUUGAUUUUCUGGAUUUGGAGAUUUCUUUGCCCUUGGGGUACAAUAAACACUGUCAUUGCUGUUGUUA